UGCUCAGUUUGUUGUUAUCUGGGGAGGAAAAGGAGGAGUUGUCCAACAAACUGGGUUUUAUUCAGCAGUCAUCGAACAAAUUGUGUUUUAUAAAGAGCUUUCCAACAAACUGUCUUUUAUUCAGCAGUCGGCAGCAGCGGUUAUCCACCCGACGAUAGCUAUCAGCCAUGCCAGGGAUAGAGAAGCUCCCGAUAGAGGAGACACUCGAUGAUAGCCCGCAGACUCGAUCUCUGCUGGGGGUGUUUGAGGAAGAUGCAGCAGCCAUAUCCAACUACUCUUCACAACUCUACGACGCCAUGCAGCGCAUCUACCAUGCACAGAAUGAGCUGAGUGCUGCGACUCACCUGACCUCCAAACUCCUACGCGAGUAUGAUACACAGCGGUUUCCUCUAGGGGGCGAUGACGAGGUGAUGAGCGCCACACUGCAGCAGUUUGCCAAAGUCAUCGAUGAGUUGAGUUCCUCUCAUGCAGUUCUCUCGACGCAGCUGGCAGAUGCUAUGAUGUUUCCCAUCACACAGUUCAAAGAACGGGACCUUAAGGAAAUCCUGACCCUGAAGGAGGUUUUCCAGAUCUCUAGUGACGAUCAUGACAUGGCUAACAACAGAUACAGUCGUCUGUCCAAGAAGAGAGAUAAUGAAAGGGUGAGGUUGGAGGUCAUAGAGGAUGUGUACACAGCCCGUAAGAAGCAGCACCAGACCAUGAUGCACUACUUCAGUUCCCUCAACGCUCUGCAGUACAAGAAGAAGAUCAGCCUCCUGGAGCCACUCUUGGGAUACAUGCAGGCACAGAGCAGUUUUUUUAAACUAGGUUCAGAGAACCUGACUCAGCAGUGGGAAGACUUCCUGGCAACAAUCGGCACCAGCGUCCAAAAUGUGCGUAGGGAGAUGGAGACAGAGGUGGGCUCCAUGCAGCAGACAAUCCAGGAGAUGGAGGAUUCAUGUGACCUCCUGUAUGUACCCACCGACCCUGACCCCACGCACACGCCCCUCAACCGAAACCUCACCAGGAAACAGGGGUACCUGUAUAAACGCAUUAAAACAGGUCUGGUGUCAUCGUCGUGGGAACGGCAGUACUUCUUCACCCAGGGGGGUAACCUGAUGGGGCAGAGCCGGGGGGAGGUGGCGGGCGGGCUGCUCAUGGAUAUUGAUAACUGCUCCGUCAUGGCCGUGGACUCAGACGACCGGCGGUUCUGCUUCCAGAUCACCUCCUUCGACGGCAAGAAAGUGGCAACGCUGCAGGCGGAAAACAGGAGAGAAUGUGAAGAGUGGAUCUCCACCAUCAAUAACAUCUCCAAGAGGAUUUACCUGAGUGAGAACGCAGAGGAGCUGGCGGCCAGAGUGAACCAAUCAGCACUGGAGGCUGUCACCCCCUCCCCCUCCUUCCAGCAGAGACACGAGAGCAUGAAGCCUGCUGGGCCCAGUAAAAGGCGUGCGAGCAGCAUCAGCUCUGUGGGAUCAGAGAUCUCUCCCGCCCUCUCUGCCCUCUCGUUCGACGCGCUGGUCGCCCCGGAAACGCCCAUACAGUUUGACAUCAUCUGCCCCGCCAACGAGGGGGACGUGGCCCAGACACGGACCCCCACCCACGGCAGCAGGAGGAGCAACCCAUUCGGAGAGUCAGGAGAAAUCAGUGAAGAGGAAAACCCAGACUCAAUCCUCCACCAGCUGUUUGUAGUGCGCUUCCUGGGUAGCAUGGAGGUGCGUAGCGGGGAGCAGGGUCACGUGACCGGGGACACGGGUCAUGUGACCGGAGAGCAGGGUCACGUGAUCGGGGAGACGAUGCGUCAGAUCCUGGCGGCGAGGGCGAUCCACAACGUGUUCCGCAUGACCGAGUCCCACCUGCUGGUCACCUGCAGCUGCCUCAAGCUCAUUGAUCCACAAACACAAGUCACCAGAUUGAGGUUCCCCCUGCAGAGUGUGCUCCACAGUGCUUCUCAUCAGGACAAUAAGAGGCUGCUGGGGUUCCUGCUGGACUCCAAAGACCACAGCGGCAGCAGGACUGUCUGCUACAUCUUUGAGACCAACAACGAUGGAGAGAAGAUCUGUGACAGCAUCGGUUUAGCCAAGCAGAUCGCCUUCCACUCCGACCUGGACAAGAAGGAGGCGCGGAAGAGGAAGGAGCAGAAUAAGGAGCAUGAGAAGAAGGAGGAGGAGCUCAGUAAACAGAGACAGAUCGAGAAGGAUUUGGAAGAGCAGAGUCGGUUGAUUGCUGCCUCUAGUCGUCCGGCAAACCCACCCUCCUCUGACGGACAGUUCCUGGUGCUUAGCAACAGCCAAUCAGAGGACAGUGAUGCAGGGGAGGAGGGUAAGAAGCAGGGUGAAUCAGAUGCCUGACUUGCUGCCUUAGCCCCACCCACGAAGCAUAAAUAAGGGACUUUUACUGUCUCUUUCAUUUUUGGGACUUUUUUUUGUCGUUUGUGUCAAAAUAUUUUUGCACAAGAUGGACAGAGAGUGUGUGUAAGAGAGUGUAUGUUUGUGAGUGUGUGUGUGUAGUGGUUAACUCAACUAAACUUAGAAUCUAACGUUUGAACACUGGGUUCUGGCUUCCGGUCCAGAACCCAGAACCAGAACACGGCCAACUACUUAUUGAGUUACUGAUUUAAGCCCCUGAUCACCGCCAGCACAUGGGUGGGGCAGGGCUACAUGUGGAGGUGGCUUACUGGCAUGUUUGUAUCAUAAUAUCAUGUUAUUAUACUAUCAUGUUAUUAUACUAAUAUUUGAUACCUGGUUGUUAUCACAGCCAGAUCACAGACCAUAGUUUACUGUAAAUAUGACUUGUAUGUCUUAAACCAAUAAAGCACUAAAUCUGCUCGA